AUGAAGUCCCCUAUCUUCAUCCUUUCUCUGCUCCUCAUUCUGGAAAGACAGGCAGCUGUGGUUGGACUCUACGGUGGGAUAAAAGGCCAAUUCAGUAGUGCAUCAGGAUUUAAAGGUCUUGGUUACGGCCUUAAAGGAAGAAGCAUCGAUUCAGCUGAAGAAGGUCUUUUCCUGCAAACAAAAUUCAAAGGAUAUGGCCAGGAUGGUGGCAUGGCACAGUCACAGUUUUCACAAGAGCAAACAGGUUUAAAAGGGACCACACUUACAAGUUUUAAAGGGGCCACACUUUCCAGUACAAAAGGGGCCGUCUAUGCACAGAUGAAAUCCCAAGAAUCUCAAAUGAAAUCCUUUGGAGGACUACAGUCCUCCAGUGGACAGCUAAAAUCCCAGGAUGCCCAGUUGAAAUCCUAUAGUCAACAAAAAUCCUUUGGUGAAGAAGCCCAACUGAAAUCCUAUGGCCAACAAAAAUCUCAACAGUCACAAUUAGCCUAUAGCCAAAUGAAAGCCAGUAGUCUCCAACAAAAAUUCCAUGGUCAAGAAAAAUCCCUAAAAGGUUUUUCUCAACAAUCUCAACAAAAAGGAUUUUCCAUGGAUGAAGAAAUGUCACAGCAGCGUAAACAUUAUGAUGAUGAGGAGCAAUCUACACAACAAAAGUCUACCCAGCUUGUCAAGACAGAGGAAGACUUAGCCCAAUUUGGACAACAACGGCAAUUUGGACAAGAAAAUGCACAAGCCUAUAAAGGAUAUCUUGAACAAUUCAAAAGGAAAUCUCAGGAUAGUUUCUUACAAAGGGAGGGGCAGGCCUAUUUCAAAGUCAACAAAAGGUGUAACAUAUUCACUGACCAACAAGAGACCAAGAGCAAUAUCAAGGACUCACCUCACCGGAGUCAAGUCUAUGAUCCCUUCAAGAUGCAGACUGCAAUGUGGUCCCAGAUCGUUGGUUCAUGGACAACCCUCUAA